AUGACCACAAUCCUCUUUGUUCCUGGUGCUUGGACCGCUCGGACGUUCUACGAACCAUUUCUCCAAGCUCUCACGGUCGCUGGCUACGAUGUCCACUACGCGGGGUACCCCUCUGUAGACUCCUCGGACCCGUUGGUCACUGAUUGCCAAGCCGACACCGAUGCUAUUACGACUAUUCUCCAGUCUCUCGUGGAGGAUCAGGGCAAAGAUGUUGUGCUCUUUUUGUAUUCCUAUGGCGGCAUGCCUGGAUCCGCCGCGGCUACCGGGCUAGCCAAAGCGCAGCGGGCUCAAGAGGGCAAAGCAGGUGGUGUGAUUGGACUGCUGUUCCUGGGCGCUUUCAUCGUACCCGAGGGUAUUAGUUGUGCCGGUGCCCAGGGUGGAAUCCUGCCCCCCUGGGUCUUACACGAUCAGCCCUCCGCGAAUCUUGCUGUCGUGGAUAACCCCAUUAAAAUCUUCGCUGCCGAUGUUGAUGCGGUCUUCGCCCAGUCCCUGACCGCAGGACUCAGACCGCAUGCGACCUUAGCUUUCAAUUCGCCCCAGCCCCAUCCGGCCUGGGCGGACGAAGCGUUCCGAGGGCGUUUGGCGUUCAUCGUCACCACUGAGGAUUGUGCGGUGCCAAGGGAGGCGCAAUUCGGCAUGAUGGCCUCCACGCAGCAGGCGUGGAUUGUCAGGGAAGUGGUGUCCAGUCAUUGCGCGCCAUUCCUGAAUCGGAUCAACGAGACGGUGGAACUUACUCGGGAGAUCAUUGGCCAAUUCCUAUAA